AUGCUUACCCUCAAGAAAGUCCCUCACAGCAGGGUAGAUGUGGGUUCGCUCUGUCCUCCUGGUUUCCCGACCGUCCCUGACUACUCUCUGCAGGUCUCCUUUGUCUCACCUCGCCCUGAACUCUCGCAGUAUCUCGGCGUCACUUACCGUCGCAUCCCUGUCCUUGCCAUCGGCAAUGAUAUCUACUGCGACACGAACCUCAUUGCUGCUGUCCUUGAGCGACGCUUCCCGCCCUCUGCAGGAUACGGAACUCUCUUUCCUCACCGUAGUGCCUCCAAACGGACAGAUGCUACUGCCAUCAAGAUCUUCACUGCACACUACAUCGAGCGUGCUGUCUUCUCCGCUGCUGCGGAUCACCUCCCUUGGGAGCGUCUUCCCCCAGAGCUCAUCCGCGAUCGUAGUGCUCUUGUGGGUAGCAUAUUAGAUGUGCCCACUAUCCUCUCGCGCCGGGAGGAGAGCAAGAGCGCACUUUCCUCGCACCUCAGCAACCUUGAAAACCAGCUCGCAGAUGGUCGAGACUGGCUCAUGGACACAGUCGGUCCAAGCCUUGCGGAUAUCGCUGCCCACUUCGUCUUCGUAUGGGUCCGCGGCAUGCAGACCCUCGGCGACAUACUAGACGCAGCCGUCUUCCCACGUACGAUGCUGUGGUUUGCCCGCAUGUCCGCCGCGCUUGACGAUUUGCAAAAAGCGAAGGCUGCGCCGUUCACACGCGUGCCCCCAGAGGAAGCGGCGAAGCUCAUCGCCUCUUUUCACCCUGAAGACCUGAGCGCAGUAGGCUUCGAUGCCGUCGAGGCGAUGCGGCUCGGCGUGAAGCUCGGAGACAACGUUGCUGUCGCUCCAACUGACACUGGCAAGGUCCCCACGACAGGCACGCUUGUCGCGCUCAGCCGUGAGGAGGUCGUCAUCGAGACGCAGGGCUCGCACGCAAUCGUGCACUGCCACUUUCCGCGGCUUAACUAUUCCGUCAAGCUCGCACAGGGAGAUACGAAGCUUUGA